GAUAUACUUGCGAUAAGCUUGGAUCUUGUGGUUGUCGACGGCAUGUUGGAUUGGGGGUUAUCGAUAAGCUUCAUUUCACCAUGUCGAAGUUCCCCUCCCUCGUCUCUUCGUGGUAUGUUUGAUAUUGAUAUUGGUGUUGUUGUAGACAUCUACUACGACUAUUCACUUCAAACUCCGAUUUCGCUGGUUUCAAUUUUCUUAUUCAUUUUCUGCUUGCCAUACUACUUCACCUCUUCACCUCUUAUUAAUCCCCAAGUUCUCGUUUCCUAUUUAUAUUCCUCAUCUAUCCCGAUUUCCUUUUCUCUCCUUCUUUCCCUUCAUUCCUGUCUGUUUGCUGGCUUGUUUAUACAUACUCAGUCCUUCCCGCAAUCAAUCAGUAUUCAUUGCGCAACACAGAGGAACCCGCACAGAACAACACAGAAAGAGAAGCACAAGACCGUAUUUAUACAUCUAUCUGUCUAUCCAUCGAGUUCAAAACUCCUUCUUUACCUCGUCCAUCAUGUCGAACUUAAUCUCGCGGAAAGCAUUACUAUGUACCCGGAGACCAUUCCUGAUUACACCUUCAAACUAUAGAAGAUUAUCUUCGAGAACAUCACCUCUUCAAUCUGCGUCUGCUUCUGCUGCUACAGACGUUCUUCACCCAAUACAAUCUGAUUCGAAAUCAACAUCUAAAUCAGCCACUAUGCCAAAGAUUAGUCCGCUUUCAAUAUUACCUCUGAGUAAUGUUAUAAGAUCUUUGGUUAUCAAUACUAUUUCUUCUUCUCCUUUACUUCUCGCCCCAUCCCUAAAAAUAAUGACCAUCCUCGCGCAUUCUCAAAACCCCUUCUUAUCACCCGAUCGCAAUCCUCUUUUACGAUUCUUCCUCAAAAACACCUUUUACAAACAAUUUUGUGCAGGCGAAACCCACGCCGAAGUUCAAAAGACAGUUCGCGGAAUUAAAGAUCUGGGGUUCAAAGGUGUUUUUCUCUGUUAUGCAAGAGAGGUUGAGAAAUCUCCAGGUGCCAAUAUCGAUGUGGAGAAAUGUGUCAAGAAUGAAGUUUUACCCUGGGCGGAAGGUACUCUGGCUACUGUCCGAUUAGCCGGCCCGGGAGAUUUCGUUUCCAUCAAGGUUACUGGGGCUGGGAGUUUGGCUCUCCAAGCUUUAGAAGCAAAGGGAGUUUGUCACGAUACUCUUAAACAAGCCAUCGAUGAUAUUUGUGCACUGGGUGCAGAACGCGGAGUCAAAUUAGCAUUUGAUGCCGAACACGCAGCUGUACAAGCGGGGAUCGAUCUUUGGACCUUGAAAUAUAUGAAGAGAUACAAUAAACCCGGUAAAGGAGGAGCAGUCAUCUAUGGAACCUAUCAAGCAUAUCUCAAAGCGUGUCCCCGCGUCGUCGCAAACCACAUGGCCAUUGCACAGAAGGAAAAUUUCACCCUCGGUGUCAAAUUGGUGCGAGGCGCAUACAUGGGUUCUGAUCCGCGCGAAUUAAUUCACGAUACCAAGAGAGAUACCGAUGAAUGUUACGAUGGGAUUGCCGAGGCUCUCAUUCGUCAAUCUCCGAACGCGAUUCUGAAACCGGAAAAUGGAGAUGAGAAAUCUUUCCAAGCGGUCGAUCUAGCCCUCGCAGGUCAUAAUUUGGAAUCGGUGAGAAAAGCCCAGGUGAUCCGUACCGAGCAGGCUGAAAAGGGCGACGCGAGAAUCGAAUUGUGUUAUGCACAAUUGCAAGGAAUGGCGGACGAGGUAUCGUGCGAACUUGUCGCCGAGGGAAAACUUGCCGAAGCGAUGAAUUCUUCCCAGGGGGAAGAUCAAAAAGUAACAGUACAUGGCGGAAUCAACGAAUUGAUCGGCGGAACCAAGGGAGGAAAAGAUCAAUUGGAUCUGAAAACGGAUAUCCCAAAAGCGUAUAAGUAUUUGACGUGGGGAACUACGGGGGAGUGUAUGAAAUAUCUGUUGAGGAGAGCGUAUGAGAAUCGGGAUGCGGUGGGCAGGACGAGGGAGGGGAGAGAUGAAAUGGGUAGGGAAUUGGUUAGGAGGGUCAAGGGGGUUUUUGGGGCGUGAUGAGUUUGUGAUGUGAUGUGCUUGAAAUGAUGGGGAUUGAGGAGUUUUUGAUAUCAUAUUUUGCAUAGCGUGUGUGCGUUGGAUGGGAUGGGAUGGGGUUGGCUUGUUUUUUUUGUUUUUUGUUUUCCCUUAGCUGGAUUGCAUCUUUGCAUUUUGUAUGCAAGUGAGCGAAUGAGCGAGCUUUAUUAUGAUAUGAUAUGAAAUGAAAUGAUAAGUACCUACCUACCUACCUAUCUGGUUUAUAACCCAGUCCAUAAGUAAGUAGGUUGAUAGGAUAGAUAGAUAGGUAGGUACUUAAACAGUCAAAUAAGCGAAUACCAAUACCA